AUGAUUAAUAAAAAAGGUACAACUUAUCGACAAAUGUUUUUUGGGCUCAAGCAAAUAGCUGAAGAACGUCACAAAGACUUUUCACCUCAAUUAAUAGUAACAGAUUUUGAAUCUGGCGCUCUACCGGUCGUAAAGACAGAAUUUCCUUCAUCUAGACAUUAUGGAUGUAAUUUCCACUUUUGUCAGGCAAUAUUUAGACAGAUUCAACAACUAGAUCUUCAACAACAAUAUAGUAGAGAUGAAGUUGUACGUGGUCUUUGUAGAAAAAUCAUGUCUCUGGCAAUGAUGCCGAUAGACACAGUUCUUGUUGGCUACGAUGAGAUUCGAAAUGAUGCUCAACAACUACCUGGUUCACCAAUCGAACCAUUGUUAAACUAUUUCGAAAAACAAUGGUUGUCUGACAUCAAUUGUGGAAUGUUUCAACCACGAGUUCCCGUACCAACAAUAUAUGUGAAGAUAAGAUGGUCUUCUGGUGCAUCGAAAAAACUAAAUGUACGAACAACCGGAAAACAAGGACGUAUUGAUACUUUGUAUCAACGAUAUAAUGGUGGUCUAAUUAAUUCUUCUCAAUUUCUUACUGGAUUGUCGUAUCUCGUGGGAAAUAAAAUAUAG